UCAGAGGUUAUCUAAAAAGUAUGGGAAUGUUGAGGAGGAUAUGGAGUGAAAACUUUCAAACUUGUUAGAAUGUUUAGACCGUCUAAAUGAUACUCUUGGAGAAUGAGUGUCACACAUACAAAUGGAUUUACGGCCAACGAGGCCCUCAAAGGCAGAAGAAAGGGUUCAGAUCCACUCAUUUCCACAGCUAGAGGCAAACUUCAGUCUCGGAGAUCCAAGGUCAACGAUCAAAUUAAUCGAGAACUUCGUAUGCGGAAUGGAGCAGAGAAUUUGUACAGAGCCACUGGCAACAAACGACUGAAGGAGUUGGUAGCCGUCGAGUUGUCCUUUUUCAACUCCAACAUUCAGCUACUGAAGGAGGAACUCUCCGAUCUGAACAGUGAUGUUCUGGUGUACCAGCAUGAAAAUGGGCUUCACAAUGUUCCCAUGAUCCCCUUGGGUCUGAAGGAGACCACGGAGUGUGAUUUAGCCGUCCCCAUCAAGGACUUCAUUUUGGAACACUAUAGCGAGGAUGGAACUCAGUAUGAGAGAGAAAUCCAGGAACUCUGUGACCUCAGACAGGACAUGCGGACACCUCAGAGAAAUGAGUCAGGUGUGGACCUUUUGAUUGAAUAUUUUAACCAGCUACACUUCAUAGAAAAACGAUUCUUCCCCCCAGACCGAGUUCUUGGUGCUCACUUCCAUUGGUAUGACUCCCUUACUGGUGUACCAAAAACUCAGAAGACAAUGGGGUUUGAGAAAGGCAGUGUUUUGUUCAAUAUUGGUGCUUUAUACACACAGAUAGGGUGUAAACAGGACAGAACAAGUCAUGCUGGGAUACAGGAUGCCAUCAGUUAUUUCCAGAAAGCGGCGGGGACGUUCCGUUACCUACACAAUCACUUCACUAACGCCCCCAGCAUGGACAUGCAGCCCCACACUCUCACCAUGCUCAUCCAGCUCAUGAUGAGUCAGGCUCAGGAAUGUGUGUUUGAGUGUAAAGUCCUCGGCAGCAACAGUAACAAUGGACUUCUGAGUAAUGUUCGAGCAGCACAGGAAGCAGUUGUGGUUUCACAGAUGUAUGACGACACAAAGUUACUUAUGACUGCAGAGCCGGUCAAGGAUUACAUCCCCUACUCAUGGGUUUCCAUGGCAACAGUUAAAGCACAGUAUUACAUGGCCCUUGCUCACACUCAUAUGGCCACUGCUAUCAUAGAGUUUGCAGAUGAGAAUGACAGUCAGUCUUUGUCUGAGUUCAUGGAUGCUUUACAGAACACCAAAGAAGUGGACACAGAGAACAACAGACUCAGCGUCCCUCAAACUCAGGAGGACAGGAUCACGCUCGGAAAGGCCCAUUUAAAAGGAGCCCUAAACUGCCAUGAAGAAGCAAUGCGAUUACACGACUUGUGUAAACAGCUUCGGAAAAUUGACACAUUUCAGGAAAUUCUGAAAAAAGCUCAUGACAGGUGCUUGGAAAAGUUUUCCUCUUUAGAAGAGGAGGAUGAUUUCACAGAGAUCUUAAUGUUCCCUAUAAUAAACCCCAAAACUACUCAGAAUGUGUCUCCGAUCUCCCCUGAGUUCAGAAAUAUUAGUGUGGUGGAUAUCUUCAAACGACUGGGUCCCAUCACUAUAUUUAAUGCUAAAAAUGAGUGGUCUGCACCAAGAACAGUAACUCUGGAUCGUAACCCGGACCAAGGAUUCGGGUUUAGCGUCCGUGGAGAUGCCCCUGUGAGGGUGGCAGAGAUGGAGCCAGGAAGUGUUGCAGAGAUUGGAAAACUCAAAGUUGGAGACUUAGUGGUAGCAGUAGGUGAAAAGGACACAAAAUGGGCAAAACAUGAAGAGGUUGUGGCCCUUGUCAGACAGUGCGGCAAUCACUUAGAGCUCAAACUAGUCACCCCAAACCUCUCUCAGGAUCACGACACCUCCCGAUCAGCCCCGGGAACCCCCAACACCCCAUUACGCAUGCAGAGCCCUCGCGAGAGCAUAUCAACACAGAGCAAUAAAUCAAAUCGUAGUCGACUUAGUGCCCCCUGGACCUUCAUGAGGAAAGGUUCUAAGGAGAAACAGGACAAGCCAGAGAAAAGCAAGGAAAUGGAGGAUGGGGAGGCAUUCCUUCACUGAUUGGCAGUCGUCCUAGUGAUGUGAUUGGUCAGUUGAAUACUGAUGUCAUAUCUUUGUUAGAGGCUCCGCCCAUUUGUCACGUUUUUGAUAUGAAAUUAAAAAUUUUUUUUACAUAUGCAAAUUUUGUUAAUGGUGCGGUUAUUUCAAUGAUAACCACAAAUAUUUUUAAAAAUCAUUAUAAACCAGCUGUGUGAUAAGUAAUUGUCAUUUAUGUUGCCAAUGUUAUAGAUGAUUUCAUAAGUCUAUGUAGAUUUUUGAUAUGUUUUGUUGUUAUUUGACAUCUGAAAAUCUUUUUGCAUCUUGAUUGUCAAAGAUGGGGCUACCUAUCAUGGUUAAAAAAUGUUUUGAGAGAAUAAUGAGGAAUAUUGACAUGUACUUCUUUUUGGGUUUGCCCUGCACAUGGAUAUAACUCAAUAUAUAUUGAGCAAAGUUUUGAUCAUUUCAGGGAUGUCCCUAAUUAUCACAUUUAUAUAGGAUAUGUAUAUUUAAGCUCAUAUCAAGCCGUAUAUCAAAAUUUGUCCAUUUACAGUUGAAACAUUGCUUCCAAGUGCUUUUCUUUACUGCAUUUUGUGCUUCCUAGAUUUUGUUAGAGUGCUAUUGACUGGCAAACAAGUGUUUCUUUACACAUCAGGAGAAUUCGCAUCAGUAUUUUUGUCUAGAAAUGUCUUUAAGCUAGUACGUUUUAUGUACUGCAAAUCUAUGAAGGAUUUUCUAGUUAUGCUUUUUACAGGAAAUACAGGUACAUUCAUGUGUAUAUAACAGUACAGCGAAAUCCUAACGGAUAGUCUAGGUACCUGGUACAUGUACUUUGAGAGAUCAUUAUUUUGUACCAGGUACAACAUUUAGAGUCUGAAAUAUUGAUUUUGUUAAUUGUAAAAAAAAUCUUUGACUCUGAUGAAAUGUUACAUGUAUAUAGUGACAUGAGCCUGUUCCAAGUUUUUCUAAGUCAAUGAGUAUAAAUAUUCUUUUAAUUGUAAUCAAAAUGCCAGUAACAGAUUGCACAAAUUACAUCAGUCAUGACUAUUUCAUCUGUACAUUUUUUUUUUAUUUCUGUUUUUACAAUUAAUAUCUAAACAUAUGGUGUUUAAAAAAAUAUGCAUUUCUUGUUGUAUAACGAAAUCCAUAUCUAGAAUAUACCACGGUAAUGCGAUUUAGUGUCAUAUUAAGUCAGCAGGUGGAUAUGUACUAGUAUACAUCUUGUGAGUGAUGCAAAUUUCCGAUUCUUUUCGUUUUAAUUAACUCAAAAACUAUUUCAAAUUUUCCAAGGGAACGAAGGGAAGUUACUUUGGCACUGAAAAGUUAUACUUUUUUUUAUCAUUAGUAAUAAUACGUAAACAAAAUCAGGUGUAAUUUGAUGGACUCUACACACACUGUCUUACCUUAAAACUUUUUCAUACUUGUACACUAGACCACAAAUAAAAUUGUGCCAAAAUGCCUAUAUUGUGAUGUAAAAUAGAUAAAAUAUACUGUGAUGUAGUAACAUUUAUAUGUUUUCUAAGAGAUUUUUCUAUCCUUAGUACAUUUAUAGGUAGUAAAUAUUAUUGAUAAUAUCAAAAUUUGUAUUGUUUUGAAAUGUGCCCAUAUAUAAACAUGAAGUUAUAUUUUACAAAGUCAUAUAUUGAAUUAUACUUGCAAUAUACUAAUAUAUUUAUGGUAAAUUAUAGUAUUUUUUUCUACUUCCAGGCAGAAAUUGUAUAUAUGUACUUGGGAAUGCAAUGUUAAAAGUCAGUUGUUCUGAGUUAAUAGCAAUCAAGGUUAAAGAAAGGAACUUUACAUGUGUGAUAUAUAUAUAUAUACACUUGUGUGAUAUAUAUACAGUUCACCCAUGAUAUAUAUACACCUGUGAUAUAUACACUUCACCUGUGUGAUACUGUGGAAUCAUUAGAAUUUGUGACGGCUCAAUUUUCGUGGGUAGUCCUCCCCCACGAAAACAAGUUUUGUAAUAGUUAUUAAAACUGAAAACCAACACAUCCAAGAAAUUACAUCCCCACGAAUAAGCAAAAAACCAACGAUCCACGAAAAUUGGCCCCACGAAUUUAAAUGAUUUCACAGAAUAUACACGGGUUCCCACAGUCCUUUCCAUUAAUGAUAGUGCAUUAUGUAUGUGAAUAAAAGUAUCGACAUUUUUUGUUACAUUCAUGGAGUUACUAUAUAGUAUUAUAUACUUUCAAACUUGCUUCAAUUUUUGUUUCUACAUAAUAUUUCUAUACACCUGAACCAAUAUAUAUCAUUUUAUCAUAUAUAUAUAUACUAUAUCAUUAAUAUCAUUUUGUGCAUAUGUUUACUCCUGUUUGUUGUUGAGUGGGAGCUUUUUUACAAUACUCAAUGUACAAGAGGAAACAAGAGGUUGUACUGUCAAACAGCAAUAAAGUAUUAAUUGUACUGUAAAC